AAAAAAAAAAAAAAAAAAACACCAACAACCACCAAUAAAACUUCUUUGAUUUGCUUUCUUUCCAGUGCCUAGACAUCAUCAACUCAUCAAGAACUGCUAUAAGAAUAUGCAGACUUUAAGGAAUCUUUGGCCAGCCAGGCAUCCCGAUAACGCCGAUCAGCCUAACACAGAUUACACCCAAGCCCGAAAGAUGAAAGAUGAACCUCCAUAUAAUGAUAUUUAUAUGACAAAUCAUGGGAUUGAGGCCCUCAGGACCCAAUCUGAAAAGUUUGCAGCUAUGAAGAACAGGGGAAGAAAUUCCCAUAGAACAGACUAUAAUACUGGCAAGAGCUAUGGAAAUCGCGUGUCGCCCGGCAGAAAUCAAGCUGUAAGGACUGGUUAUGGCAGGGAAUACAGCAGAGAAAAUAGUUACAAUGGCUAUGGAGAAGGAGAAGACAUCAACAUUGAAGCUGAGGAGUUCAUUGAAGAGGAGCACAAGAGGCUUAAUUUGAUGAAAUGGAUGUCUACUAGCUCCUUCAGUUAUUACCAGAAUCAAGAAAGUGAUUAGGGAUUUUACCUUCCAGAUCAGAAAUAACCUGGGAGAAUGAGAAGAAGCUGCUAAAUAAAUUGGAUGAAUGAUGAUUUGGUUUCAUACAUUUGUUUCUAAUAGUGCAAUAUAGUGCACGGUAGAUAUUUAUUUUUGAAGGAAAAACAGGCUGAUGAAUCCUGUUUUGGAGUGUGGAUUGUUUCCUUAUGUAUUGUUUUUUUUUUUGGUUUUUCAAUGCUGUAUUGAACAGCUAAACAGUUUGAUUGUAUCUUAUCAGGAAUACUAUGUUCUAAAAUUUGUUUUUACUGCAUGAAUAAAGAAGAAUCAGCAAACUCUGUUUCUAAAUUCUGAGGUCAAAUCAUCUUUGCCUCCUCCUUCUCUAAUCUCCAAUGGGGACAAACUGACUGACAAAAUCAGCUCAAACGUGAGAAAAAAAAAAAAACACGAGAAGAAGUGCGGCGAAACGCAGUCGAAAUAUCAAAUGGUUGAGCGGCAAAGAGGACAAGAACUGUGGCGGCCGUCAAACCAUUUUUGCAGACAACCCUUAUGGAAGAUGUGGUUGCAGGAUAACUCACUCACUUCUUCAUCAGCUUCAUAAUUACAGAGACAAACAGAGCAGAUUUCUAUUUCCGCAGCAGUAGUACUAUUUCCAAUACUUGUGCUGAUUUCAAAAAUUCUGAAUCUGUUUUUGCGUAAAGACCCAUAACCACUAAUGGUAACUCUUCUCCUUCUAAUUGAACCCACAAAUCUUCUACCAUUGGACGAUUCUUCCUCUGAACUUGGAGUUGCUGAACCAACCAUUUCCAGCAUCGAAUCCAGGGUUUGCUUCACAAAAGUGAAGGACCAAAAUGUGUACAUAGCGAACGCUAGCAGAGCUCCUUCUGCUGGAAAUUGGAAAUUGAAGUUACAGAGCCCCAUUGAUAGAUGAGCAAAAUAAAAAAUGGACCCCAGAAGAGAAAAAGUACCACCACAAAUUUCUGGAGCCCAAAAAAAUGGUAGUGCAACUAUAUAUGAAGUCAAUC